AUAACUAUCACAUACGGAUGUUGUUUCUCCACCACCUCAAAAAUCUUUCAAGCAUGUGAAUUCUAUUUAUUCUUCCUCUUCUAGUUGUGUUUAUCUGCAAGUAAUCUCAGCAUCAAAAGCCACCUGCUUCACCAGUUUCUUCUGCCAGCUUUCUUUCCUUCUUUUUUUUCGACUAAUGGCAACAGAUAGAAGGAAAUCAAAUACUCAACUGUUGGAAGAACUGGAAGAACUUAGCGAGUCUCUUUAUCAAGCCCAGACUUCCACCAACCGCAGAACUGCUUCCCUCGCAUUUCCUCGAUCUUCAGUUCCUUCUAUAAUAUCAGAUGAGAGUGGCACAGCAAAAAUCGAUGAAAAAUCAAGCAGCAGGCCUCGGUCCAGGCGGAUGUCGUUGUCGCCUUGGCGGUCUAGUCCAAAGCCUGAUGAAGAAACUGAAAGCAGAACAUCCAAUAUUAAUCAAUCGCAAAUAAAGAAGCUGGAUGACAUAGCUACUUCAACAGAGAAAAAAGGGAUUUGGAAUUGGAAGCCAAUCCGAGCGCUGUCUCAUAUUGGGAUGCAGAAAUUAAGCUGUUUGUUCUCUGUUGAAGUAGUUGCUGUGCAAGGCCUUCCAGCUUCCAUGAAUGGACUCCGGCUUUCGGUUUCUGUUAGGAAGAAGGAGACAAAAGAUGGUGCGGUCCAUACAAUGCCAUCAAGAGUUUCACAUGGCGCUGCUGACUUUGAAGAGACGCUGUUUAUCAAGAGUCAUGUGUACUGCACUCCAGGCAAAGGGAAGCCGCUUACAUUUGAGCCCCGUCCAUUUAUGAUUUAUGUAUUUGCAGUUGAUGCUGAAGAGCUUGAUUUUGGGAGAAGUACAGUGGAUUUAAGUCGACUUAUUCAGGAAUCCAUGGAGAAGAGCCAAGAAGAUACUCGAGUGCGGCAGUGGGACACGAGUUUCAACCUAUCUGGGAAGGCAAAAGGAGGAGAGCUUGUUCUCAAAUUGGGAUUUCAGAUUAUGGAGAAAGAAGGAGGGAUUGAUAUUUAUAGUCAAGCUGAAGGAUCGAAGUCUAGUAAAUCGAAAAAUUUCUCACUUUCACUGGGACGUAAGCAGUCUAAAUCAUCCUUCAGUGUCCCAAGUCCAAGGAUGACAGGACGAUCAGAAGCUUGGACUCCUUUGAAGGCAAAUCCAGUUGCAGAUAUUCAUGGAAUGGAUGACUUGAAUCUUGAUGAGCCAGCUCCAGCUCCUUCAUCAUCCCCCUCUAUUCAGAAAUCAGAAGAACCAGAACAAAAGAUAGAGGAUCUUGAUCUUCCAGACUUUGUAGUUGUGGAUAAAGGGGUGGAGAUUCAAGACAAAGAAGAGAAUGAGAAUGUAGAUUCUGAAGAAAAUGUUAAAGAAAAGUCACAUUCAAGCGAAGAUGUCAAGGAAGUAGUUCACGAUAAGGUACACCUGACAAGACUAACCGAGCUCGAUUCAAUCGUUCAGCAGAUAAAAGCUCUUGAAUCCAUGAUGGGAGAAGAAAAAACUGUUAAGACAGGAGAUGAAACUGAACCACCAAAAUUAGAUUCAGAUGAAGAAACAGUAACGCAGGAAUUUCUCCAGAAGCUCGAAGAUGCAGAAACUAAUGCUUUCAAAUUCAAUCAACCUGAAAUUCCCCCUCUGCAUCUCGAUGGAGGUGAUGACUCUUCAGAGGCUGAAUCCAAGGUAUAUCUCUCAGACCUUGGGAAGGGAUUAGGCUGUCUGGUUCAAACAAGAGAUAGAGGCUACUUAGCAGCUACGAAUCCUCUAGGUACUGUUGUUUCGAGGAAAGAUACUCCAAAACUAGCAAUGCAGUUGUCAAAACCACUCGUUCUUCAACCAGACAAAUCCAUAAACGGGUUUGAAUUGUUUCAGAGAAUGGCAUCCAUUGGUUUUGAAGAGCUUUGUUCUCGAAUCUUAUCAUUGAUGCCCCUCGAUGAACUGUUAGGGAAAACUGCAGAACAGAUAGCGUUUGAAGGCAUUGCUUCUGCAAUUAUCCAAGGGAGAAACAAAGAAGGCGCUAGUUCAAGUGCUGCUCGUACCAUUGCUGCCGUUAAAACAAUGGCAACAGCGACUAGUACAGGCAGGAAAGAGAGGAUAUCAACAGGAAUUUGGAAUGUAAAUGAAAGCCUUUUGACAGCCGAGGAAAUCUUGGCAUUCUCAUUGCAGAAGAUUGAGGCAAUGGCAAUAGAAGCCUUGAAGAUUCAGGCAGAAAUGGCAGAGGAAGAAGCCCCCUUCGAUGUUUCUCCACUCGCUGGAAAUGCAAGCACAGACAGUGGGAAGGAUCAAAAUUACCCUCUGGAUUCUGCAAUUUCACUAGAAGAUUGGAUAAAGAACUACAGUUUAGUUUCUCCAGGAAAGCCAGCAACAAUUACCAUAGCUGUGGUUGUCCAGCUACGGGAUCCUAUAAGGCGAUACGAGCCAGUUGGCGGACCUGUGGUUGCACUAGUUCAUGCUUCACAAGCAGACAUCGAAGAGGACAAUUACGAUGAGGAAAAGAAAUUCAAAGUAACAAGUUCGCACAUUGGGGGCAUGAAGGCAAAGUCAGGAAGAAAGAGGAAUGUGUGGGAUUCGGAGAGGCAAAGGCUAACUGCAAUGCACUGGCUGGUUGAAUAUGGACUUGGAAAGGCAGGGAAAAAAGGAAAACAUGUGUCAUCAAAAGGGCAAGAUCUCUUAUGGAGCCUUUCCUCAAGAAUCAUGGCUGAUAUGUGGCUCAAACAUAUGAGAAAUCCUGAUGUGAAGUUCACAAAGUAGGAAAAGAAAGGCCCAAGUCUUGAAUGGAUUGGUUCCUGUGGUUCAUUUUACAAUCACUAAUGGAUGCCAAAUAAGCAGGUCACUUUUUGUUAAGUAGUAGAUUGAAUAAGAUUUUCAUACAUAAGAUUUGAUCUGAUCUGUUGCAGUUGUAAUCAAGUACCUUUCCGUGCA